CAGAUUUCUUCGAAGCAGGGAACUUUACCUCACAUCUCGUCAUUGCUAUGUGAAUGUAAUCCAUGAACCAUAGAUUUAAAUUGUUCAGAGAUUCUUUGUGUGAGAGGAACCUUCUAUAAGAAUUGGGAUAUUAACCACACAUUCUAAUCAUUGGUGCGAAAGAAAAGUCACCCAACCUGCCACCUGUAAGGAAAAUUGGGAAGACAUUGGUCUUCAUGCGUUCUAAUGGUAAUUUCUCCUUUCAUUUUAGUUAAUGAGAGGGGAAUCUUUUCUCGGUUCGAUGGUAAUUUUUCCUGGUUUAUAGUAUGUCCAAUAAAGUCGGUUCUUUUUCCCCCUUUAUGAAAUUCCCUUAAUUGGAUUUUUUUUUACUUAACUUUCCUGGAGUUGUACUCUGCAAGAUUACACAUUCGGAGCCGCACAGCAACGAGAUUUUCCAUUUCUAAUUAGGAAACAGGAAAGUUGUUUCUUCAUCAAACUAAUUACCCAUAGCUAUCGCUAGAGAAUGGGUGUAAUUUCUGGAUUUAUUCACAAGCGUGUUGAACACCAGUGGCUUCGCACCAGAACUGCCACGUCUGGACUAAAUCUCGAAUGGUAGACAUUAUCUAAAACCAUCUCCCUGUUGCCAUCUAGUCGUGCGCUAAGCGCGUAUACGGCUGCGGACGCUCUCGGUCGAAAAAGCUGAGAGUUGUAGCUGCCGCUAUGGACGCUCCGUCGGAACAGAUCCAACCCGCCUUGGAUUCCAAGCCAGCACGGUCGCUCAUGCCUCCGCCCUUCGGUGCAAACAGGAAGCCCAAGGAAGGGACGGAGCACCGGGCGUCGUAACCGUGCAGGAAGAGCCCCCGAAGUCCCAGGAAGUAGGAAACCCAGGGCGCGGACGCAAUGACGGACGGGACGGGAACAAGGGAGGAAGAAGGAGAGACUUUGCGGCGCUGGGAGCGGUAAAACGCCAGCCGGGGGAACCAGGGAUGAAGAAGGGCUCGGGAGAUCUUCCUGCUACCGGGGAAGUUGGGAUUUGUAUUUCUUUGAGCUACUGAGUCUGGCUCCGCCUCCUGGGUCCCUAGUGGCUGCAGAGGGAUAGAGGGCGUUUCCCUGCAAGCCGGGUUGGGAAUAGGGAGGGAAGCCGUUAGGGGCAAUUGGCCGGACUCCCCCCCUGCCCUGAGCUGAAGAGGACUCGCUUCUACACAAGAACGCGAGCAGCCCUGAGCAUGCAGAGAGGAGGCGGUGUGGUGCCUUCUUCCCGGAAUUCAGGGCUCCGGAUCUAGACAUUAUCAGCUGAUUUCCCCCGGGUUCUCUAGUUAGGACCAAGCUGUGAUCUUGAUUCGAAGGGGUUUUCGAAGGGAAGCCUGGCUGGCACAGGAGCGCAUCUUUUCCUGUGUUUCUCCCUUUAGAGUCCAGAUCACCACACAGCCCUGCCUACAGUGACAUUUAAUCCACCAUCUGAAAAAAAGCCCAUGAAAUCCAUCAACGUUCUCCAGGGCACAGAACAAUCAACAGAUCCAGAUGAAAGAAGAUGUGAUUGAACAGGACACAGAAGAAUGGCAGAGCAAUUCCUCCUUUAUUGGACUGGAAAGAGUUGGAGGAAUGGAUUUGUCUUAUCUCAAAGAAGAUGCCACACGUGCCUGUGCUUCACUAGUGGUGCUCAGCUACCCAGAACUUGAGGUCCUCUACGAAGACUGCUACGUGGUGGCUGUGAAUGCUCCCUAUGUGGCAGGAUUCCUGGCUUUCCGAGAAGUCCCUUUUUUACUGGAGGCUGUACAGCGGCUAGAGACACAGAAGCCUGGCCUCAGGCCCCAGGUGCUUCUUGUAGAUGGAAACGGCAUUCUGCACCACAGAGGUUUUGGCAUUGCUUGCCAUCUUGGUGUUCUCACAGGUCUUCCCUGUAUUGGUGUAGCCAAAAAUCUCUUGCAGGUUGAAGGUUUGGCCAAUGAUGAAAUUCACAAGAAACAAAUCCAAGAUCUUCAGGCAGGAGGAGAUGCAUUCCCACUCACAAGUACCUCUGGGAAAAUCUUGGGUAUGGCGUUGCGUAGCUGUGCCAAGAGUUCCAAACCUGUGUACAUCUCAGUAGGCCAUAAGAUAAAUCUACUGUCAGCUGUGCGCCUGGUCCAUUCUUGUUGCAAGUAUCGGAUUCCUGAGCCCAUCCGGCAGGCAGAUAUAAGAUCCAGAGAAUAUGUCCGGAAACAUAUGGAGGUCAACAUUGCUGUGUCCCCUCCUCAGCCAGAGAGAGGCCAAGAUCUGGAAAGUGUCAGAAUGGGAGAAGCUCACAAAGAUGAAGGAAAGCACUAAGAGCUAAUCACAAAGAUGAGCUUUUAUCUCUAAGGCUAUCAUCCUGGGGACGAGAAUAUAUCCUGUUCAACAAAGCACUGCCCAGAGGUCAAAGACAACAAAGGCAGCUCUUUCAAGAGUACUUUCAUUCAGGGAUUUGCCAGCUGCGUUUUGGAGCAAGAAACACCGUCUUAACAGAGUGGGCCUGGGCUUUAAGUGAACACAAAAGGCAAACAAAAUGACCCGGAUAAGUAGUAAUCUAAGGCAAUGAUGGUGGUGGGCAGGUUGCGCUGUAUAGCCGACAGAUUUACUUUCCUGCAGUGCAGAGAACCUUGGGCUAAUUCCUCAGGGAGGAUUUCUUUUUUCUGCCAUCGCUCCAUUCUUUAUCCUGAAAUCUCCUUUUAGUACACUGAAAAUCCUGAAACUUAGGAUAGCUUCCCCAGUUUUGGUCCUUUCCAGAUGUGCUGCCUGGGAAUUCUGGUGGUUGAGGGCCAACAUAUCUGGAAGGAAAUAAGUCAUUAUGUACCAGUUUAAUGGUCAUAGGCUCGGACUGAUCCCUGUAAGCAAAAAAUACAUCUCCUAACACUGCAUUACAUUUUGACAGAAGACCCUGAACGCUGACUAUCGUAUGGUAUUUUGUUUUUAAUGAUUGUGAAAUGUUGUUUUCUAUUUAUUUCAUUCAUCCUGUUUGUACACUGCACACUCCUUGUGGCAGUGUAUGUGCAUCUAUGAUGAUGGGGGGUAUAUACUGGUUUUAAUAGGUUGAAUAGCGUGAAUUAUUCACAACAAUUUGGUCAAUUUUCCUGCCAUGAAAUAGAUGCUGGUUAAACCUGUUAUUUAGCUAGAAAAGAGGUGGGGUUAUCUUUGAAAUCUCAGGUCCCUUAAAUACUCUUUAUAUUCCUUUUUCCCCAUUUUAGCCAAAGGAAUGUCUGAAAAGGGUCUACAACGAUUUGCCAUGGCCAAAUCACCACACCCAACUCACCAAAAUCAACUCACCAUGGCCAGAUCACCACACCCAACUCACCAAAAUCACCUCACCACGGCCAAAUCACCACACCCAACUUACCAAAAUCACCUCACCACGGCCAAAUCACCACACCCAACUCACCAAAAUUAACUCACCACGGCCAAAUCACCACACCCAACUCACCAAAAUCAACUCACCACGGCCAAAUCACCACACCCAACUCACUAAAAUCAACUCACCAUGGCCAAAUCACCACACCCAACUCACCGAAAUCAACUCACCAUGGCCAAAUCACCACACCCAACUCCCUCUGAGAGAAUUCGCUGCAGGACAAGAGACACUAAUAUCAAAGAAACGGUGGAAUAGAAUCAUUAAAGAAAUGGUUAAAAUGUCCCGCAGUGAAGUUGUCCCGUGGCAACUUGGCCGUAGUGAGUUCUGCAGCGAGCUGACCGUGGUGAGUUGGCCACAAUGAAUUGGCUGCAGUGAGCUGUCCCAUUCCAUACUGAAGAGGCACAGAACAUUGUCCUGAUGCCUCACUGGCUAUCCUUGUGUUAUUGCUCUCUGCCUGGAAUGGUGCCGAGAUUUUGGAAAGACUACUGAUGCCGUGGUAGAGCUAGGCAGCUGCUAGUUCUCAGGCCUGUGUCAUCUGCCCACUUCUUGUCUCUCUUCCCCAAGAGCAGGUACUCAUCAGUGCCAGAAAUGAGUAGCUUGUUUCUAGGUUACGCACUCUUAGAGUUCUAAUUUCAGAGAAGUUGUUUCAGGGCUUCUAUUCUCUAGUACCAUCUCACUGUGUUGCAUCAACUGUGCAACAGCUUCGAAAUAGAGAAGAGAGUGUCUAGAUUAGCACAACUUUGCUCAGGCUAGUGAUAAGGCCAAUGAAGAAAUCAAAUCUGUUUACUAAGGAGGAAGUCCUGAGUUCAGUGGCACUUAUUAGAAAGUCAGCAGGCUGCAGGUUGCAGCUUCUGUUCCCCACGGUAUUCUAGCAUUCACCUAGAAGUGCAGAAACACUUUCUGUCGAUAAACAAUCUCCGAAAACUGCUUUCCUGGAGAUACUGGAAACAUUGCUCAAUUAAUUAAUUAGCUACCAGAGAGUCUGUUAAUGAGCUUUUCAAAUCUCCCUGCAUUUGUUGGCAGCUCUAAAGGUUUUUAUCCUCCUGCCCCUCUCCAGGAUAAAUGAAAACAGUCUCUGAACAUUAAUGGAGCAUCAUGAAUGUGGUUCAAUACAUUUUUUCAAGUUAUAAUUCAAUGUACAUUUUAAUCCUUUACUCCACAUAUUUUCCCAUUGAUCAAGCAUUCUAUUCAAGUUUUCUCCCAUGCAGUCUUAAACAUACAGGUAGUCCUUGACUUACAACCAAAAUUGAGUCCAGAAUUGCAGUAUUAGUCAUUGCAGUCUUUAAGUGAGCCACCAUGUAACUGCACCAAAUUUUAUAACCUUUUUAGGUAGUUUUUAAGUGAAUCCAAUGGGUGGUUUUUUUGUGUUUUUUUUUUUGCUAGAAACCAGAACAAAAUGCCAGAAACCAGCCAAAAAAACACUUCGGGAAAGGCCUCUGAUGCCGAAAUGGAGGCCAGGGGCGCCACACACAUCAAUCCAGAGCUCAUUUCUCGGCUGCAGAGGCCUAAAGGUAAGGCCUCACUUACCUUUCCUGAAGGCCUCUGAUGGUGAAAUUGAAGUUGGGGGUGAUGCGGAUAAGUGGCGGCGAGCAGCUGCAGAAGAAGUGGGCUAGCAAGGAGAGACAGGUGUUGGGGCAUGGGAGGCCUGGCUGCAACUAUCCUAAGGUAAAGUAAGUGCGGGGCGCAUGUGGCAGCUCCACCCCCCACCCACAUUCUAGCUUGAUUUUUACCCAAGUGCCUCAUCCUACCUUGUACAAUCAGGAGCAAUGGAGUGGGUGGAGUCUUAAAUAGGGCUUAUUUUUGGAGUAGUGCUUAUAUUGGGUGCUCGUGUAAAAAUCAAGCUAGCGCUUAUUUUUGUAAAAACACGGUAUCAGUUUCUUUAGCAUUUUGCAACAAUUUAUAUUUAAUUCUUGGUUUUUCCUUUACCGUACAAACUUAGAAAUAACUUUUUACCCUCAUUUAAAUGGUCUAUCUGUCAUCAGUAUUGGUGCUGUCUGAACAAAAAUAACAUCUAGGUAAAACAUUCGUGUUAUUUCAUUCAAAUUCUAUCCAAUAAUGACGCUUAUAGUUUGUCCCACUUCGAUAAAUCUUUUCUAAUAUUAUUCCAUAUCUUAACAUAAUUAUUCUGAAACAGCAUAUAAUUUAUAUUAACAUAACAACCAGUAAUUUAAAUUUCUUUUCAAUUUUCAAACCAGUCUUGUUCAUUGGAGUAUUUUGGUAUUGUGUAAUUAUAUUCUUAAAUAAACAUCUGUUUUUUUCAGAUACUUAUUAGACUUUGCCAGAGGCAUGUCGUUUUAUACAAGGUUGAAUAAAAAUUAUGGACAUGACUUUCUCUCUCCCCCCCUCCCCUGCUUUUUAGCUUACACAUCAUUCAUUUCCCUGGUUUAUUUGCAUAUUCAAAGUUUUUCUGUUUAAUACAAUUUAAUCUCCAUUUUUCUCACAGCAAAGCUACAGUAAUUACUGUAUGGAAUAAAAUAAUUUGUCAUUACCACUUUGCUAGCAUCCCAGUCUUUAAGUCAGUUCCUUUAUCUAAAUUGUUAUUAAAGAAUUCAUUUAACCUCA